UCCACCCCCGUCCUCUCCUCUCAUUCCCUACUUCACGUGCCCUCCCCCCCACCUCCCCUCCCUUCCCACUCCGAAAUCUCACAAAACCCUCGCUCUCCGCCGCCGCCGCCGCCUGCAGCAGCCGCGAGCGAAGGACAGGAUGAGUCGUCACCCUGAACUUAAGUGGGCCCAGAGGAUUGACAAGGUUUACAUCACUGUACAAUUACCUGAUGCAAAGGAUGCUAAGGUCAAUUUGGAACCAGAUGGUGUCUUCACAUUCUCUGGCACUGCUGGAACUGGUGGGAACUUAUAUGAAUUGAAACUAGAUCUGAAUGACAAAGUAAAUGUUGAGGCUAGCAAAAUAAGUGUGGGGGUCAGGUCCAUAUUUUGUGUUGUAGAAAAAGCUGAGGCCAAAUGGUGGAAGAAGCUUGUUCGAGAUGAUCAAAAGGCACCUCACUUUGUGAAAGUUGAUUGGGACAAAUGGGUGGAUGAAGAUGAUGACGGUGCUGAUGUCAACUUGGAUGGGAUGGACUUUUCGAAUUUUGGUGGCAUGGGCGGUAUGGGCGGCAUGGGCGGUAUGGGCGGCAUGGGUGGUAUGGGCGGCAUGGGCGGUAUGGGCGGCAUGGGCGGUAUGGGCGGCAUGGGUGGUAUGGGUGGCAUGGGUGAUUUGGGUGGUAUGGGUGGUUUGGGCGGCCUGGGCGGUUUGGGCGGCCUGGGCGGUUUGGGUGGGAUGGGCGGCAUGGGUGGUAUGGGAAUGGACGAGUUCGAGGAUGAGAGUGAUGAUGAAGAAGUAUCGAAACCUCAAGCUGCAGAGAAGGCUGAUGAGGCCGAGAAGACCGAUGCAGCGGCAGCCAAGACUGAGGCAGCUCAGAGCAGUUAAGGGCUUUCCUACAUGGUACCUACCAGGUUGUAUCCUCAUGUUCUAUGGAUCUGCUGAAUCGGAGGACAACUUUUUACGUUGUGGUACUGGCCGGUCUCGGUGACCUGCCAUGAAACUAGCGUGCGUACUUUCGCUCAGCAUAUUAUGUAUUCUGAUAUUGUUUUCAAUGUUGCGUGAUGCUUCCUUCC